AUGAAUCAUUAUUGUUCAAUAUUUAUUUUUGUAAAAUUAACUUUUUCUCUCUCCCUCGUUUGUUUCAUGGACAUUGUAAAAGUAAAAGAUAGUAAUGAAUACAAGAUCAUUCAACAUGUAUUACAAGCACUCAAUAAAAGUGGAUUAAAACUUACAAACAACUUUUUUAAUGCUCCUCGAGGUAAUGGUCUCGAUGUACUAGCAGACCAACCAUCCAAUGAUAUAAGCAUCAACAACUUUAUGAGACAAUUGAUGGUUCGCUUGCAAGACUCAUCGAUCAAACCACUCGACGAAGAAAAGAUGUUUAGUGAAUACAAGAAAAAGCUGGUGCUAGAAGAUUCUGACUACCGAUUCUAUAAUGACAUUAUUGAUAGCGGUCAGUUGGCCAAUGAUAAUGACAAGAUAUCCGAUGGGGGUCCCAUCCCAUUCCUCUAUCCCAACAAUUGUUCUCUAUCCAAUGCCAACGACCUAACAAUCAUAAAAGAUGUAGAAAGAACUCAUCUAGUUUUAAAUCCUCGUGCUGCAUCAAUCAUUCAACAAAUUCAAGGUCCAUUAGCUAUUGUAUCUGUUAUUGGACCAUAUAGAUCAGGUAAAAGUUAUAUAUUAAAUAGAAUGAUGUCAAAGAAGCUAUCUAGAGGAUUUGCACUUGGACAUACAAUGGAGAGUUGUACAUUGGGUGUGUGGAUGUGGGGUGCACCAUUUAAACAUCCAAUUAUCCACCCAGAUGGAACCGAAGAAGAGGUGACUGUCAUCUUGUUGGAUACCGAGGGAUUAGGAUCUACCAGUAAAAGUACCACUGUAGAGUGCGACAAUCAAAUCCUCUCACUAUCAAUGUUACUGUCGUCCAAUGUAGUCUACAACUCUGUCUCUGUUCCAACAUCGAGUGAUUUUGAUAAGCUCUACUUUAUCACAAAGCUAUCUCAAUCGAUUGUAGUUAGAAAGGGAGAGAAUAGAAACACCGAGCAAGAUCUAGAACAAUUUUGUCAUUUCUUUCCUAGUCAUUUCAGUUGGGUGUUUAGAGAUUGUCAUCUCACUCCUACUUUGAAUGGUAUCGACGAGUGUUCAAUGACAACAUUCAUGCUUGAAAAGUCAUUCAAACUUGAAGCCGAAACUCCUGAUGCCCCUGAUUUAAAGAGUAUCGUACAUAGAAAUGGUAUUCGUAAAUUUCUCUUGACAGUAUUCAAAUCUUUUAUGGCAUUUACAAUUAGUCAUCCUGGCCACGAAGCACUUCGAUACAACAUUGAAGAUAUUGAAAAUCCGUUUACAUCUCAAAAGUUCCAUACAGAUGUAGCAAACUUUAUUUCUUCAUUUAAAAAUGUUCUUCAAAUUAAAAAAGGUCAAAGUCCUGGUUCAAGAGUAAAUGGUAAACAAUUAAUAUCACAAAUUGAAAUAUAUUUGGAAGAUAUUAAAAAUGGUAAAUCUAUCAAUGUUGAAUCUACAUGGGAACAAACACUCAAACUUGGUUAUGAAUCGAUUACAAAUGAAGCUGUAAUGUUGUUUCAAAAGGAGAUUCACCAAUUUAUUCAUACCAUGCCAAUCUCUUAUCAACAAUUCAUGUCUCAUUAUCAACAAGCAAUUAAAAAAACUGAUCAAUUAUUUGUAAAAAUCCUAGACUUGGAUACUGAUUUACAUUAUUUCCAAAAAUUUUCAAAUAGAUAUCAUGAUGAAUGUGCAAAAUUUGAUAAGAGUGGUCAAUUGGUUGGAGGAUAUUUAUAUUCAGUUCAUUUAAAGAAUAAUGAAGCAUCUAUUAAUCAUAAUAAUCAAGUUAUUAGAACAUUGGUUGAAAAGAUUAUCAACCCAGUACUAAAGAGUGAAACUACAACCCAUUUGGCACUUGUAACUGCAGAGCAACUUGUUGAAAGAGAAUACUUUGUCCAUGCAUUGGGUCCAAAGACUGAUCAAGUCUUUGACAAUUAUCUAAUUGAAUUUUCUCAAAAGAAAGAAACUUUUCUAUCCUAUCUAAAGAGUACAAAUCAAUUUAAAGAAUCAUUGGCCAAGAGUGAAGCUGAUCGUGAACAAAUGAGACAACAAAAUAGUUCAUUGAUUCAACGUCAAAAAGAUUUAGAGAUUAACAUAAAGACAAACCAAGAAAUAUUUCAACAAAGAAUUCAACAAAUGCAAGCAUCAAAAAGUGAAAUGGAAUCAAGAAUGAAGAGUACCAUUGAUUCAAAUACUGCUCAAUAUCAAAUUCAAAUUCAACAAUUAAAUAAUACCAUUACAAAUAAUAUUAAUAUUGCCAAUAAUAUUGAAGCUCAAUUACAAUCAACAAUUUCUAAUCUUCAAAAUCAAUUAAGAUAA